AUGAAUAUUAUGCUUGAUCAACAGAUCGAAUCUGUUUCAAGUAAAUUAGUCCAAUUUAUUCAAGAUUUAACCGUCAAUAUUCAAACAAUCUGUCAUAAGAAUGUGAACUUUAAUCAGCUAUUUCAGUUACGUAGUGAUUAUGCUAAACAAAUGGCAUCUCUAUUCGAUAUGUUAAUUACUCAACUUAUUGAAGAGUUUCUUCCCAAUCGAACACUUCAACUAACGAUAAAUCUGGAUCCUGUUCAAAUCUGGAGAUCGAUACAAACCUGUAUUGAUCAAUUGAAUGCUCUACAAUGGCAAGACUUGAGCCCCAUCAUCAAGCAUAUUCGAACAGUCAACAAUUACUUCUAUAAUCUUCUUUUACAAGUCAAAAAUGCGGAAUUUCUUCGAGUUGAUCAAACACGCUCACUCUGUCGGAAUUUAUCGCAUGAGCUUUAUUGUCUGUCGGAAAGCUUGACGCAAUUUUCAACUAUUUUCUAUACUCAACCAUCGAUGGUACAUGAAACAAAACUACAAGAAUCUGUCAAGCCUAUUGAUACAUAUCUCUUUCAAAAUAAUAACCAUCAUCAUCACCUCAAUCAACAAAAAACAAAUCUGUCUUCAAAUGAAAAACCACUGAAUUCCAAUUGCUAUUCGUAUACCAUACCAAACUACCAAACAUCGUCUAAUUGGGGGAAUACCGAUCGAAAUUACUGCGUUCAGUCAGCUCCAAUUCGUUGUAAUGCAACUUCAACGCCCAUGACGAAUACGUUCUCACAGCAAAAACCUAUGGGCUGCGGCUACGGUUCUCAGAAAACGGAUACACCACCGCCACUUUGUUUUCCAACACCUGUAGUCUACACACCGGAAAUGGAAACACUUUCAUCAUCGGGUGGUAUUAUUUACGCUCGAAAAUCGGGAAAUACAUGGAUAGCAGAGAAUUUGGGCACAUUGAUUGAGACGUUGAAAGAAAUUGGUCAAACGAUCGAUAUGAAUGCUCAUUGUGAAAUUUUAGUUCGAAAAACUGGUGAACUAUUAGUUCGCCGAAAAAAAGGCCGACGAAAACAUUUCAUGCAAGAAAAUAUGCGUCAGAAUACAUCACGUGGAAACAAUGCGUAUGCUGAGAUGAAUGCGAAACAAGAAUCAUCCUUUUCUAAUGCCAUUCGUGACGAUCACUAG